GGUAAGAGGGUCUGCGAGAGUUGUAUUCUCGGGAUGAGGAGGGUCUCCCUUCCCAAAGGCGUCUUAUUCUACCUAGUGGACAGCAAUGCUCUUUGAUUUACAUCGUCUAGCUACCUCUACCAUCCUCUACCAACCGCAGCUCCGAAGGCUGGAGGACUGGGACAAUGCUGGCACAGUUGCAAGGAGUCACAUCCUCAACAAUUUCAUUGAAACCAACCAAGGCAAGACUGCCCCUGAACUGGAACAGGAGUUUUCCCAGGGAGCCAGCUUGUUCCUGGUCCGCUUGACCACCUGGCUUCGACUCACCUAUAUGACUGGCUCGUGUUUAGAUAAGCUGCUAAGGUCCAUUGGCGUCUUUUUAUCGGCCGUCAGCAGUAAUCACUACCUUAUAGAGUUUCUUGAGGUUGGAGGUGUCCUAACACUCUUGGAAAUACUUGCAUUGGAGAAGAUCAAGGAGGAGGGCAAGAAGGAGUCCAUCAGGCUACUUCAGGUUAUUGCAAACUCCGGCAGGAAGUACAAGGAGCUCAUCUGUGAAAGCUACGGUGUACGAUCCAUAGCAGAAUUUUUGGCAAAGUCUAAGUCAGAAGAGACCCAAGAAGAAGUGCAGGUUCUGCUGGAUUCUCUGGUCCACGGCAAUCCCAAGUACCAGAAUCAAGUGUACAAAGGUCUAAUAGCGUUGCUGCCCUGUGCAUCCCCGAAAGCUCAGCAGCUGUCCCUGCAGACUCUCAGGACUGCCCAGUCGAUCGUCAGGACCACACACCCCAGCAUCGUGGACAACGUGCUCAAGGUGCUGAGCACCAUGCACCUGGAAGUCCAGUAUGAAGCCAUCGAGCUGAUCAAGGACCUGGUCAACUACGACGUGUGCCCGGCGCUGCUCAAGGGCCUCGUGGCGCUGCUGAUACCGUCCUUCAAGGAGACCAGCAAACUGCAGCCCAAGAUCCUCAACGGUAGGGAUCCGCCGGGAUUGGAGACACGUCGGCCUCAGCUCACGGCCCACCUGCCCGUGUCCUGCAGCAGGCCGCGGCCUCCCGCCGAUUCGCCGCAGUGCUUCGUGCAGCUGUUCCCGGUGGUGGAGGAGCACGUGCGCAAGUCCAUGGGGGAGGAACUCUACAAGCUCUUCUUCAGCAACGCCGGGGACCUGUAUAUGAAAAUAGAUAGCAUUCAGGCGGACAUCUUGGCGGCCAACAAAGUCAAUGUCACCAAAGCCCUGUACCUCAGUGACCUCUCCCACAGCAACGUGAGCUUUUACUUUGGCCAUCGUAAUCAGGAUCCUGUGGCCUACAACACACACUUCCAGAAGGAGGAUGUGGAAGGCAAGGAGUAACAGAGCCUCUGAGGCAAGCCGGGAAGCCAAGGCUGUGUGGCAGGAGAGUCUGGCAGAAGGAAGGAGCCUGCGGCCAAGCUCAGGGCAGCUCUUCUUGGCCCUUGGUGGGAGGCUAGGGGUUCCCCAGGCCAGUGGGGAAGAGGGAGAGCUGACUGUGAAGGGUUCAAUAAGCAGUCUUACUGUCUA